GGAGUUGGUGGUGGAAUGAGAAGGCGCAGUGCGGGUCGGCGACGCGACUCGGCCGGGCGAAGCCACGGUUUCCACGUGUUUGCGAAAUUACUUGUGCAAGUCGAAAUGCUGACCAACGUAUUUAUCCUGCUGAUGCUGCAGUUUAUUGCAGCAGAAAUACCUCCAUACAUAAAAGUGUGCCAACGAAAUGAUCCCAACGUUGACAAAUGCAUCAUUAAUUCAGUCGAAGAGCUGCGGCCGAAAAUGAAAAAGGGUAUCCCCGAGUUGGAUGUGCCGAGCAUCGAGCCCCUGAGCCUGGGUCAGAUCGCUCUGGCGCGAGGCCCGCAAGGCGCGAAACUCACCGCUGUCGUCAAUGACGUCAAAGUUCUGGGGCCCAGCAACUUUAUCAUUCAAGAAUUGAAGUCAGACCUGGACAAGAACAGGUUCGACUUCAAGCUGCUGCUGCCCCGCCUGGACUUCGCGGGCAAAUACAAGAUGGACAUCCAGGUGUUGCUGCUGAGGCUGCAGGGGCGAGGGAACAUCACCGGCUCCUUCAAGGACUACGCUUGCAACGUUACAAUGCGAGGCCACAAGGAGAAGAGAGGAGACGAUGAGUAUCUCACCUUUGAGCCGAUGAAGGUCAAGCUCCGUGUGGGAGAGUCGUCAAUAUACCUCACCAACCUCUUCGACGGCGAUCCAGUGCUAGGACCGGCCACAAACAGGGUCAUCAACGAGAAUUCCCAAGUAUUCCUCUCGGAGAUCAGCCCAGUGCUGGAGAGAAGUCUGGCGGAUCUCUUCACGGAGAUGGCGAAUAAAAUUACGUCGAAGUUUACAUACAAAGAACUGUUCCCUUGAUGAAUAGUAUACGUGUAGCCUAGGACCACACUAAAGACUUUUUGUUUCGUUAGCUUUUAUUUUCGUUUUUAUCCUGAAUUGUUAUGUGUUGACGAAUUAAUUACGUAAUAAAAGAAGAUUUUAUUUUAUCAAAUACACCGUCUAAUGAAAUAUUUAAAACAAAUUGAAAUCAAUUUACGUAAUAGGUCUUCACCUAUAAAGUUUGAGUUUUUAUAACCAGCAUUUUCAGAUUUCGCUAUCUGUGGAUUGGCGCGCAAUUCGAAAUACAAAUAAAUUUUAUAUCAAACCCGCGUUAAACUUUGUAGUUUUAAAUUCGGUCAUUUGUUUUUAGUUAGCCAAUUUAAAAUUUUCAUACAAAUCUCCAACUUCAUAGGUACUAAAGACCAAAUAUUAUAUUAUUGAAUUAAAAUUUUUAACAGUGUUCGGAAAACAUAUACAUAACAUAUUACAAAUAUUUUAUAUAAAAAAAAAAACAAAUUAUUAUCUAUACAAAAAUUAUAUUCCAUUGUCUCAAUUAUCAUUACUUAAUCAGUUCUUAUUUUUAUGAAUAUGGAGUUAAUUUUAACAAUUACUGUUAACCAACUAUUAGUUACAAUUUGUAUUAAUUACAUAUUCAGGAAGAUUGCUUAAGGGUCGGUUAACCAUUACUAAAAAGUACAAAAAGGUUAAACCCAAUUUACGAUUUGUUGUACGAUAAAAUACGUAAAAAAUAUCGCUUAAUGCAUACGCGGCUUAAAUCUAUUAGUGUGGGAUUACGUUCAUUGUGUUUUAUACUAGUGUUAGGGGUAGAGUGAUACGUGAUGUGAUAUUUAAAAAUAAUCUACUCGUUUUGAUUUUGCCGUUCAUUUCACAGAUGUAAUUAUUAUCCUACUAAUAUUAUAAACACGAAAGUUUGUAUGGAUGUUUGGAUGUUUGUUAUUCUUUAACGCCGCUACUACUGAAGCGCUUUGGCUGAAAUUUGGAAUGGAAAUAGAUUUUACUCUGGAUUAACAGAUAGGCUACUUUUUGUCCCGAAAAAAUUUAUGGAUUCCCGAGAUUGGCGAAAAGUGCUGAUUUUGAUGAUAUGAAUGUAUGUUACUCUUUCACACCUCGACUACUGAACCGAAUUAGCCUGGAUGUUAAUCCACAUAGGCUACUUUUUAUCCCGAAAAAUCCAUGGUUCCCGAGGGAUUUGUGAAAAACUAAAUUCCACGCGAACGAAGUCGCGGGCGUCCGCUAGUUAAAUGUAUAAAUCCCCUUUUUAGUGGGGGUUAGUUAAAUCUGUGAAAUAAAAAAAUAUCAAAACGCAGUGUAAAUCGACAUUUAAUAAAAAUUAUGAUUAUAAUAAUUCGUGGUAGAAUGUUUGUAUGUAAGCUUAACUAAUUAAUCUUUGAGGAGUUUGAACAAAAACUAUUCCAUAUAAACUUUUAUAAAUAAUAAAAUUUAAAGGUAAAGUUAUAAAUUUUGCUUAUAUAUUAUUUACACAACUAUGAUAGAUGGAAAUGUUUGUCUAAAAAUUACCUUAAAAAUUUAAAUAUCUGAAGUUUCCAACUCUGUUCUUAUACUUUAACAACUAUUUGUGUUUUUAUUCUCCUAUUCUUUAGAGUUUAGACUUAUGACUUUAAUAGGACUCGUCCAUCGAAGCCUUAAUAAUUAUUUUCGUUUCUCAUGUUAGACACUAAUUAUAUCGAAGUUUAUUACAAACUUAUCCAGCAUAGCAAUAAAUAGCGUUAAAUAAAGGCACGUUUUCACCAGUG